AUUAUUGGUUAGGAAGAAUGGACGGCUGAUACAUAUGAAUCCUUCAGAACCCGAAUUUUCUAUAUCAUUCACAGGACUUGUCUUGAAGAAGGGGACUUGAACCCUAAUUUAAAUGGAAAGCGCUUCAUUUUCCAGAGAAUAUUGUUCUUCACGAGCACGGUCCUCCACUUUUAUCUUUCUCUGAAAUUUUUUUGAGCAGUCAGAGUAAAUUUUCUUACAUUUCUUCAAUGGAUCUUAACCUAACUGCUCCCCAUUCAAUGGGAACCACCAUUAUUGGAGUGACAUACAAGGAUGGUGUGGUUCUUGGUGCUGAUUCCAGGACCAGCACAGGGAUGUAUGUUGCUAAUCGAGCUUCAGAUAAAAUCACACAGCUCACUGAUAAUGUCUAUCUUUGUCGUUCUGGAUCGGCUGCUGAUUCUCAAGUGGUCUCCGACUACGUACGCUACUAUCUUCAUCAGCACACAAUACAACUUGGGCAGCCUGCAACGGUCAAGGUGACUGCUAACUUGAUAAGGUUGUUGUCAUAUCAAAACAAGAACAUGCUGGAGACUGGCCUGAUUGUUGGUGGAUGGGACCAGUAUGGGGGAGGUCAAAUAUACUCAGUUCCUUUGGGAGGUACUAUUGUAGAACAGCCAUUUGCUAUUGGAGGAUCUGGCUCCAGUUAUUUGUAUGGAUUCUUUGAUCAGGCGUGGAAGAAAGAUUUGACUGAGGAAGCAGCUGAGGAUUUAGUGAAGAAAGCAGUCUCUCUUGCAAUUGCUCGAGAUGGUGCAAGUGGGGGUGUCGUUCGAACUGUUAUCAUAAACAAGGAUGGUGUGAAGAGGCGUUUCUUCCCUGGUGAUGCGCUUCCUCUAUGGCAUGAAGAAUUAGAGCCUUGUAACUCGUUGCUCGAUCUUCUACCAGAGCCAAUGUCCACUUGAAAAACCUCAACUCAUAAAUAUUUAGCGUUUUCUUAUUGUUUCGACCUUUUGUCUCUGUAACCUGUUUUGUUUUAAAGAUUUUCAUAUUUGGAAAGAGCAACGUCUAUUAUUUGAAUUUGAAUGUGUUAUAAAGUAGACCUACACAUGAAGAUUAUGUGCAGUUGCAUAUUCAACUUGGUUAGUUCAUGGGA